AUGUCACGCAGAAUCACUCGCUCAGCUGCGAGGGCUGUCACAGAUCUUCCUUCCACAGAUCCCGUUCCAUCAGAUACCACUGCUCCCCCCCAGGCAAAUUCUCGAAAACGGAGAUCAUCGACACGUCAAGAUCCACAACCAGACACCGCAGACACCGCAGACACCGCAGCUCCUUCUCCCCCACGCCGAUCUAAGCGUCAACGAACUUCAGCACCCCGGCCUGCUCCGGCUGUCCCUCCUACUACUGCUGCCAUAGCUACCCGUCGGGGCGUCCGUCGCUCAGCCAACUCAACCAUGUCACAGCCUGGGCCAUCUUCUCGUCCAUCAGAAGAUGCCAAAUCCACCACUCCUCCGCCCCCUUCCAGGCGGAGAUCUGGCCGAAAUGAUCGACUUCCAACGACCCAGUCUCCACCUCCACGAAGGCAGAAGAAGCGUACCGCGAAAUCGAAUCCGGACAUUUUAAUGCCAGACGCAGAAGAGGACGUGGAAGAGCAAGAUGAUAAAGUGGAGCAGGAAGGGUCCCCCACGGGUGAUAGCCACGACGGAACCAAUCCUUCAGCGUUCGGCGAGGAGGAUUUGGAAUCCUUCCAUAGCAGUCUUUUCGGAGGUCGAGGUGCCAUGGGCCUGCAAAGCACACUCCGGGCUCUAAGCGGCAUGAUGUCCGGAAUGUCUUCGCGACUUCGGGAUAUUCUCUGUAACUUGAGACAGAAGGAUAACCCUUCUCUUCAAUUAAUCGCCCUCCAGGAAUUGUCGGACCUCCUGCUUGUCUCCAACGAGGACAAUCUUUCCGGCCAGUUUUCUCCUGACCCGUAUGUAAAGGAGCUCGUCAUCUUAAUGCAGCCAAACCAGUUUGGUGAAGAGAACCCGGAAAUCAUGCUGCUUGCCUGCCGCUGCCUUGCCAAUCUAAUGGAGGCCCUUCGCGGGUCUGUAGCCAAUGUGGUCUAUGGGAAGGCAGUUCCGAUCCUGUGCCAGAAACUCUUGGACAUACAAUUCAUCGAUCUCGCUGAACAAGCUCUAAGUACACUGGCAAAAAUCUCCGUAGAUUUCCCGGCUUCGAUCGUGCAAGAGGGUGGCCUGACGGCAUGUCUGACAUACUUGGACUUCUUCCCUACAAGCACUCAGCGUACUGCCGUUACGACUGCCGCCAACUGUUGCCGCAAUCUUCCCCACGACUCUUUCCCGGUUGUUAGGGAUGUGAUGCCGACUUUGCUCAAUGUUCUGUCAAGCAACGACCCCAAGGUGGUUGAGCAAGGGUGCCUAUGCGUCUCGCGGAUUGUUGAAAGCUUCAAAUAUCGCCCUCAAAACCUGGAAGAGCUGAUCGAACCUGCCAUGCUCAAGGCCGUCCUUCGUCUUUUGCUUCCCGGUACCACCAACUUGAUCGGCCCUCACAUUCACACUCAGUUCCUCCGUGUGUUGGCAAUUGUGUCCAAGGCGAGCCCUCGCUUAUCCAUCGAAUUACUGAAGAUGGACAUUGUCGAUACCCUUUAUCAAAUUUUGACCGGUGUAUCACCACCACAAGACGUUGACAGCACGGCUGUUAAAAUGGACAGUGUUCUAGUCAUGCAGGCACUGAUUCACCGACCUCGCGAGCAAGUCUCCGAGGCACUGAAUGUGAUUUGCGAACUACUCCCAGGUGCUUCUAGCGACGAGGCAUCCCAGGCCGAUACACUGCUCAGCUUGUACUUUCACAACAGCAUGUCUCUCGGCUUAAAAUCUUCGAAAUUAACAGAGAACCCCGAUGAGAGACGGGAAUUGUUGGAAGAUUGCAAGGCAGAGCUCAAGAGAUUUGCCGCAAUCUUAUUUCCCACCUUGACUGAUGCGUACUCAAGCACAGUCAAUCUCCAUGUUCGCCAAAAAGUUCUCAUCGCCCAUUUGAAAAUGAUCCAUAUUCUUGAGCCUAGCUUGAUUGAAGAUGCUCUUCGCACAGUCCCGUAUGCAUCAUUCCUAGCCUCCAUUCUCUCCCAAAAGGAUCAUGUGUCAUUGGUCGCUUUGGCACUUCGAUGUGCAGAGCUGCUGUUCCAACGCCUUGAGCACGUCUAUCAGCAUCAAUUCCACCGUGAGGGUGUUAUUUCUGAAAUUGUCAAGCUUGCCGAGGGAGAACCCUCGACUGUCGAAGUUGCUCACCAGACGAGCAGUGGAAACAAAGGUCACGCUGACGCAUCUUCUGACGUUGACAUGGAUGCCGGUGAUGGACCACGCAGAAAGAAUAGUAAGCACGAAGAUUCUGACGAGGAUUUGGAUAAUGAGGAAGAGGAUCCAGAUGAGGAUCACGAUGAUAUGUCCGAUUCAGAGACAUCAUCCAUCCCAGGCCAUCAAUCUGUGGAAAAGCUCGACAUAUCUAUCAAUGAUCUCGUUAUCCGAGAUGCACAAGCUUUUCUGCAAGUCUAUGAGGAGGGACAUGGUGAUUCGGUUCGAAAUGAAGCCCAGAGGAUUCUUAAUGACCUCCAAUUGCUGGCGACCAAUAUUCGCAAGUGUUAUGCCUCGCGUGGCGACAAAAAUGGCCUCCCGUUGUUCAAGAAAUUGGCCUCUUACUUUGAUGGAGAUGCACUGGAAAGCAUUACUAGCUCUGAACUUUUGAACUCUGGGGUUAUUGAGGUCCUUCUUGAUGUCCUAACGGACUUUAAGGCUCCGUGUAUUAAGUAUGCACGGUCUGCCUUCUUAAAGGCCUUCAUGGGUUCGACAAUUUCGGAGAAGGCCCAGAGUCAGAGUACAGCAACCACACCAUUCAGCGUGUUGAUUCGGAAGCUCCAAGACUUGCUUAGCCGGACCGAGCAUUUUGAGGUCCUCACUGUGAGCCAUAAUUCUCUCGAGAAUACUCGUACAAAUGCUACCUACAUGCUUGCAAAACAGCUCAGGUUAAAACUUGUUGCCGAGGAUGGGACUGACGUUCCCCGACCCUACAAAAAUUUGAUGGUGUCCAUCCAUGCCAUUGCCACAUUUAAAGCGUUGGAUGACUUCCUGCAGCCGCGAAUUGCAGUGUCUGACCGUCCGCGCCAGUCUCGUAGCAGGGACUCGAUCCUCUCCCAGAUUGCGCAAGCAGCACGCAUGCGUGACCAGCUCACCUCAGAUGCCUCUCCCAGAACCCCGUCGACCGGACAUCGACCCACUCGCAAUGCAGGAGCUGGUGGAAACGCAAAUGAAGACCCGGCAGUAAGCAAUAACCAGGCGGCCUCAGGGACCCGAAACUACCAGCGUACGGCACUCCAGGAGGAGGAUGACGAGGAUGAUGAGCCUCUAGAGUGUGCCGACGAGAGACAGAUUAGCGACGAAGACGAGGAUGACGACGCUGGAGAUGCGGAGGAAGACGAGGAGCUCAAUGCAAUUGUUGAUGAUCUUGACGACGAACUCGAAGACGAUAACGUGCAUGAUCCAACUGCCGUAAACAUGGAGGUCGCUUCUUCCGGCAAGGUGACAGCACGAAAAGAGGAUGGUACUCGAGUGGGCACCCCUUCGCACUCUACUCCUAAACCUUCCUCCUCGGCACCGGGGCCUGGUUCAACUGCGCAAAACUCACUGGCUACAGCUGGGCGUCCAUUCUCGUCCUAUGCAGCAGCUAUGGCUUCGAUUCCCCAGGACUGGCAUAUUGAGUUCUGCGUGGAUGGGAAAUUGAUCCCCAGUGACACCACUGUAUACCGAGCCGUCCACCACAAUCGUGAACAACUUGAUGAGACGAAAUCCAAAAAUGUUUGGUCUGCCAUUCAUACCGUCACAUACAGACGCGUUCCUGGCCCACCCCCACCUGAGCCGUCUACUCUGGCUAAUUCCGGGAAAGAAGCCUCCUUGAGUGCUGAUGGCCUGGAAAUGCCUUCUUCUCUCAGCAAAGAUGCUAUAACAGCUUUAAUUUUGCGUCUUCUACGUGUUCUGCAUGAGAUGAACGCAACAAUCGAUGACAUUCUGAUGGAUGCGCGAGACCACGCCAGCAUCACUCCAGAACCCUUGGCCCAAUUUAUCAACACCAAGCUCACUGCCAAAAUGAACCGCCAAUUGGAAGAACCAUUGAUUGUGGCAAGCAGUUGCCUUCCGAGCUGGAGCGAAGACUUAGCCCGGCUCUUUUCCUUCCUUUUCCCAUUCGAGACAAGACAUCUAUUCUUGCAGUCAACAUCAUUUGGCUACUCUCGCGCUAUGACAAGGUGGCAAAACUCACAGAGUGCCGAGGAUAGUCGGCGGGAUAUGCGACGAGAUGAUCGGCCGUUCCUUGGUCGACUGCAACGUCAAAAGGUUCGUAUUUCUCGUGCUCGCAUAUUGGAGUCUGCCAUGAAAGUCAUGGAGCUCUACGGAUCUUCCCCAAGCGUUCUUGAAGUAGAGUAUUUCGAGGAAGUCGGAACUGGACUGGGUCCGACUCUCGAAUUUUACUCCACUGUCUCGAAGGAGUUCUCGAGAAGAAGGCUUAAGAUCUGGCGUGAAAGCGAUGGCCACUCUUCCGCUGAUUAUGCGUUUGGAAAGCGGGGUCUGUUUCCUGCUCCAAUGAGCGAGGAACAAGCAUCCCAUGACACUGGCAAAAAACAAUUAAACAUUUUCAAAGUUCUUGGAAAAUUUGUUGCACGCUCUAUGCUUGACUCGAGAAUUAUUGAUGUUUCUUUCAACCCGGCGUUCUUCCGCAUUGCCGAUACACUCUCCUCUGUCGCGCCAUCUCUUGGAACGAUCAAGGCCGUGGACGAAGGCUUGGCUAGGUCUCUAGGCAUGCUGAAGCAAUUUGUCAAUGCAAAGAAUGCAAUUCAGGAGGACCGAACUCUCUCCCAACAAGACAAGUCCAAAGCCAUUCAAAGCAUUGUUGUCGAUGGUGCCCGGGUUGAGGACUUGGGUCUGGAUUUCACCUUGCCUGGUUAUCCAUCCAUCGACCUAGUUCCAGGUGGAUCUGAUAUCUCAUUGACUAUCGAAAAUGUGGAUAAAUAUGUCGAGAGAGUCAUUGACAUGACCCUGGGUAGUGGUGUCCGCCAUCAAGUUGAUGCGUUCCGUGCUGGAUUCUCUCAAGUCUUCCCUUUCUCUUCUCUUCGUGCUUUCACUCCCAGUGAAUUGGUUAUGCUCUUCGGACAGGCCGAGGAAGACUGGACCAUCGAGACACUAAUGGACUCCAUCAAAGCUGACCAUGGCUUUAAUAUGGACAGCAGGAGUGUCCGAAAUCUGCUCCAAACAAUGAGCGAAAUGGACAAGCAGCAGCGUCGUGAUUUCCUUCAGUUUGUCACUGGUAGCCCGAAACUCCCCAUCGGUGGCUUCAAAAGUCUUACUCCCAUCUUUACGGUCGUGUGCCGUCCGAGCGAACCCCCUUACACAGCCGAUGAUUACUUGCCUAGUGUCAUGACUUGUGUAAACUAUCUCAAGCUCCCCGACUACAGCAGUCUCAAAGAACUCAAGAACCGAUUGUCCGUUGCCAUCAAGGAAGGACAAGGUGCCUUCCACUUGUCUUAG